AUUCUUGGCAUAGUUGGCAUUCUAGCAAACGUUUUGAAUAUUUUGGUACUGUUUCGCCACAGCUUAAAUGAUUCCAUCAGCGUUGUCCUGUUUGGCACAGCUGUGUCAGACUUGAUAUAUUCAUUGAAUGAAACUUUGAACAGACUUAUUGCAAUUAUUGGUGAAGUUUUCGGCUAUGAUCUUACCUUUGACGCUUUCUCCUUCUUUUAUGUUUAUUUGCGCUAUAUCAGUCCAUGCGCCAUAACCAUCAGCGCUUGGCUGGUGGCUCUCGUCUCCAUGGAGAGGAUGUUCGCUGUUUGUUUUCCAUUCCAUGCUUCAAGAAUUAUCACCGUUAAACGUAUGACAUUUAUGGUUCUGUUCGUAUAUGUUUUUUUGGUUUUUUUAAACAGCCCAGCGAUAUUCGAUCAUUAUCUAACGAGUUUUUUCUAUCCUGUUAGUAACUACACUGGAGAAGCUAUGCUUGAAAGGAAAUUUUUCAUGGACAAUCCAUGGUUUGAGACUUUUUUUUACAAUGAGGUCCUACCGGUCGUAGGCUCACCACUUCCCAUGAUAGCUAUUCUUGUUUUCACACUUGCAACAAUCAUACGGCUCGGGGUGUCCUCCAAGACUAUUGGUAACAUGUCAACCUCACGAGCCAAGCGCGCCAAGGAAAUGACAUCUAUCAAAAUAUCUCUAGCUAUCAGCUGCUCUAUGGUUUUGUUGAUUUUUAUGCCUAGAGCCGGUCUUGAUGCUUAUUAUAAGAUUAUGGAUCGGAGCUUACUACCACAUGUAUGGGCAUUCUACAAUGAACUCACGGAACUAGCUCGCCAAUUGAACGCGACCAUAAAUUUUUUUAUAUAUGUGGCGUUCAGUUCAAAGUUCCAGAAAACAUUUUUAAAAGUGAUACAAUGCAAGUACGGCAAUUGA